CGUACGGCUUGACGUUUCCGUACAAACGGAAGUAUGAAGCAACGCUUGGUUCUCGUGUUUGUUAAGCUGCUGAUGUCCGGUUCCAGGUGUAUCCGAAAUUUGGACCCGAUCGCAACAGUUUGAAAGACGACUGCACUCAGGUCGGGACAAGAAUCGAGUUCUUAACCGGACCUGAUUUCGUGGAGCUGCGUCAUUAGCGCAAUGAACAUCGCCUCUAGAAGUAAAAAGCGCGUGGUGCUUCCCAGCCGUCCGGACCCCCCCACUGUGGACCAGAUCCUGGAAGACGUGGACUGGGCUGCCCCCAACGACCCCGUCUUCAGCAUCCUGGAGAAGACGGGUCAAGAGCCAUCCCAACCUGUAGACAGUGACGUGGACAUGAAGUUCCAGCAGUGCCGUCGGUAUCUAGAGCUGAACGAGCAGCUGCAGGAGGCUCGAGCUCAACUGCAGCGACAGCGGGAGGAUCUGAGGGUGACGGGGGAUCGACUGGACAAAGACAUGGGAGAGGUCAAAGGUCAACCACUCUGACCUAAAACUACCUGCUGUCACAGACUCCCCUUCUCUCUUGGACUUUUUAAAUGACUCUAACUCGGCUGAAAGACAAGUUAACAGAAGUACCUCUGAGCUGGACGCUGGCUUCAGGAGUCCUGGUGCUGGCAGACCUCUGACCUAUGCAAGGGAUGUGGUUCCUUUACUAGGCACCAGGAGGUUUGGCUCCGAUCUAAACGUACGAUGUGGUUUAUUUCAUAACAUAGUUGGAACUUUAAUUUUAUCUGUAUUUUGUAAAAUGUUGAGUCUACAGCUUCGGAGAUAAAUAAACCCAGUGUCUGGUGCUAGUGGAGUCUA